AUGACGACGACGCGCGGGCGCGGGCGCGCUCGCGCGGCGAACGCGACGACGACGACGACGACGCGACACCGGCGACGUCACCGCGCGGUGCGGGCGCGAGCGAGCGAGGACGCGAACGAGGCCAGCGAGCGGACGACGACGACGACGACGACGACGACGACGAAAGUGGUCGUCCUCGGCGGCACCGGACGCGUCGGGAGCGCGACGGCGGCGGCGCUGGUGCGAGGCGCGAACGGCGGGGUGGAGGUGACGCUCGGCGGACGGUCGAGAGAGCGAGACGCGGAGGCCAAGGCGCGACAUCGAGGGUUGGCGAACGCGUCGUUCGUUGAGGUGGACGUGUGCGAUAAGGCGAGCGUGACGCGAGCGAUUCAAGGCGCUGACUUGGUGAUCAACACCGCGGGACCGUUUCAGAGACGAAAGAGUUGCGCCGCGCUCGAGGCGGCGCUGGAGAGCGGGGUCAAGUAUUUAGACGUCUGUGACGACGCGUCGUACGGCGCCGAGGCAAAGAAAUUGAGCGAAAAGGCGAAAGCCGCGGGUGUGGCCGCGAUCACGUGCGCGGGCAUCUAUCCCGGGGUGUCAAACCUUAUGGCGCGAGACAUCGUGGAGUCGAUGAAGGCGGAGUUUCGCGCGACUGAAGAAAACGAAGGCAAAGAACCCGAGGUGGAGUACGUGCUUUACAACUACUUCACUGCGGGGUCGGGUGGGGUCGGGACGACGAUUUUAGCCACGAGCUAUUUGCUCUGUGGCGAAGAUGUCGUGUGUUGGGAAGACGGUCAGCGCAUCGUCGAGAAACCAGCUUCGCAACGCAAAGUCGUCGAUUUCGGCAAGGGCGUGGGCCGACGCGAGGUGUUCCUGUACAACUUGCCCGAAGUUGCAUCGACACGUGAAAUUUUCGGUGCGCGCACCGUGAAGGCUCGAUUCGGUACGUCGCCAGGGAUUUGGAACGGGGCCAUGGUGGCAAUAGCGAAUUUAGUUCCAAAGUCGCUCUUGGAAAAUCAAGACGCAAUGAAAGGAUUGGCGAACUUCUCCGCCCCGAUCGUGCGCUCGGUGGAUGCGAUCGUUGGAGAAACUACAUCCAUCCGCGUGGACGUCAAACUGAAGGACGGCAAGCAGUCUGUGGGUUUGUAUACGCAUCCGCGUUUAAGCGAGUGCGUCGGCACGUGCACGGCGUCUUUUGCAACGGCGAUGUUGAAUGGUGAAUGUGCUCCUGGGGUUUGGUAUCCUGAAGAAGUGGAAGCCAUCAGCGAUCGGGAUGCGUUGUUCGAACGUGCCAAAGAAGGAACGUCGUUGUUUGCUUUGAAUCAAGCGCCGUGGAUGGUGGAAUCAAAGCCAGUGAAUUUGGGUUUCGGAUUGUAUUGGACGUAG